AUGGCCACUGGGCACCUGCUCCUUCCUGGCUCUCAGGCCAGGCUUUCCUCCCAUUUCAGAUACAGUCCGUUCUGCCCCAAGACCUACUCUGUGUGCUGUGGCUUUUCCCUCCCAGGCAACUCCCCCCCUGCCAACCAAGGGAGAAGGGGAGGCACCUUUGCUUGCCACCUGCCAGAUGGGGACGAUGGAGGGAAUGCCAUCGCCAGAUCCAAGCCCUUUACCUGUUUCAUCAGCACCUUCAGCUUCCUUCCUGCUGCUUCUGGUGCAGCCCCAGACGGCCCAAGCAUGGCAAGGGGUGUCUCUUCCCCUACCCUCUGGGUCUUACUGGCCUUACUGGGGCACUUGGUUAAGGGCGGCGGGGGUCUCUCUCUGCAAACUUCAUCUUGCAGCUCCCUGGCCACAUCCCCUAAGUGCCCUUCUCUUCCUCUGCUGACUUCCAUGGUGGGGGCUUCUGUGGUGUUGGGAUGCUGGGGGCGAGGAGCCAUUUGGAGCCUGGAGAUCCACAAGCACUUUGAGGCAGAAACCUUCUUGCACGUUGACUCCUUGGAGCUCUUGAGAUAA